UAUCAUCCGCGUUUUCGAGUGUAUUGUGUGUUAUCAUUAACGCAGGUAGCGCCCGCGAAAGUCAACUCAUGAAGCAUUCCGUGUUUGUUUGUUAAAAGUAGCUGUCGGGGUCAAGAUUUGGUGCCGAUGAAGUGAAUACAGCACCGAGUGGACACGUUAACACGUCCCCCUCUACUCGUCGACAGGUGGCCAACAACAGGUUGUCUGCCGCGGGCUGGGUAGGUGAAAGUUGUACGGUGCAAUCGGAGUGCAAAGGAAUGCCUCCGUUGAGAACGUGAAAUCGCAGCAGUUUGUUGACUCUUACGUCACUCGAUAGUGAGAAUGCCAGCGUAGCGAGCGAGUGAGAAUAGCAUGUGAGGUGAAACUCAUUUCACAAAUCAGCAAUCAUCAAUCGCAGCAGUACGACGACCCCCCGGACGGACAUGGAUGUGGUGCCUACGCCGGAAGUGCUGACGGACGAGGAUGUGCGGAGGGUGGUGGAAAAGAGCCAGAAGGGUGGUGAUGCCCAAAUCAUAGGCUACUCGGUAAAUCGGUUAAGUGAAGAACCCAUCGGUUACUUGGCUGCUCACUUGAAGCUGUGCGUUGAGCUGGCACCAGCGGCCACCGUCGUGAAUGGGGCCGCAAGUGAAAGUAUCGAAGCUGGUGGCCACAGUGCGGUCCGAAAACUGUCGUUUUUCGUUAAACUACUGCCGGAAACGAACCCAAAGCUAGCCGAGUACAUCGUCGAGAUGGGGUGCUUUGGGAAGGAAAUCGACGUGUACUGUAAGCUGUUGCCGGAAAUGGUGCGGCACACGCAAGCGAUUGAUCCGUUCGUUCCGGCCAUUCUGCUGACCAAAGACCACCGGCUAAUCGUUUGUGAUGAUCUAACGCAGCAAGGCUACGGUAUGAUGAAAGCUCAGGGCCUGCUAGAUCAGGCCCACAUUGAGGUGGCUCUGCGAACGAUCGCGAAGCUUCACGCCACAUCGAUCAUCCACGAAGAGCGCACCAGCACACCGCUGGCCGAGACUUGCCGAAGGCUCGGCCGGAACGGGGCAGCACGCAGCAUGCUGGAAGAAAAUGUCUACAUCAACCGUGACUCGUACGUCAGGACGACCAACCUGGAAAACUGCAUACAGGUGUUGCGCGAGCUCACGAAACGGAUCGACCGGUACCGGCAGUCGGACCAGCUGGACCACAUACUGGAACAGAUUCCGGUGCUGGUGCGCAAAAUUUACCAGUUUGCCAAACCCUCGAAAGUGUUUCGCAAUGUGCUGAAUCAUGGUGACCUGUGGUGCAACAACAUCAUGUUCCGAUACGAAGAUAACGGUGCGACGAAACCUGGUAACGCACGACCCAUCGAUGCGAAGCUAGUGGACUUUCAAUUUUCACGCAUCGCCCCACCGGCGUACGACGUCAUGGCGCUGAUCAUGAUCUCCACCUUGAGCACGUUCCGCAAUCCGCUGUUGGACCGUUGGAAGCGGGUCUACUAUGACCAUCUGGGGGCGUACCUGGCGGCCAACGGGCUGGAUGUGGAGUCGGUGCUCCCGUGGACGACGUUCGUUGAGUCCUGUGCGCACUACCGGUUGGCGGGGUUGAUUGAAAGCUGUAUGUACUUCCACUGGCCACCGGAACAGGAUUGUUACGAGUGGGACGACGACAGUAGUGCGACGGAUGAUUUCGAGUGCAAAACCAACUCCACGGUGUUUGUGCGGGCGAGCAUACGGGGCUUCGAAAAGUACGAGUCCUAUCGAUUACGCAUCAGCGAUAUGAUAACGCAGCUGGUAGAUAACUUUAUACUGCACCAAUAGACAAACCAUGUUAGACCAUGGACGAGGCUAAAAAGUAAUUUACUGUAGAAAAAUUGGACAGUUUUAGGUUUGGUGCGGAAGUUCUUUAAGAACGCGGUACCGUGUCUGUUGUUUGUUUUGUAUUUCAUUAAUUAUAUUAACGUUGUG